CCCCGCCGCCCCCGGGAGCCAGCCGGCCUCCGGAGGGCAGGGAGAGGGGCGGGACGGAACUCGGGCGUCCCUCCUCCUGGCGAGCCUUCAAGGCAAUGGAGUGACGGCCGUACUGGGCCCGCGGGAGCUCAGGGAUGGGUCUGUUCUCUGAGCUGAAGCUGGCUGUACCCUGGGGCCACAUUGCCGCCAAAGUCUGGGGCUCCCAGCAAGGCCUCCCAGUUCUCUGCCUGCACGGCUGGCUGGACAACGCCAACUCCUUCGACAGACUCAUCCCUCUUCUCCCAAAGGACUUCCAGUAUGUUGCCAUGGAUUUUGGGGGUCAUGGGCUCUCGUCCCAUUACAGCCCAGGUUUCCCAUAUUACCAGCAAAACUUUGUGAGUGAGAUCCGAAGAGUCACAGCAGCCAUGAAAUGGAAUCGCUUUUCCCUCAUGGGCCACAGUUUUGGGUGGGGAGAGCAGGAGGCCGGGGACGUCAGCGGGGAAGGAAGAGCCUCCUCAUGCCACCAGUGUCAUUGGCUGGUGCCAGUCUGUGGAUGCACGACAGUGGCGGCAUCGGCAUGGGAGUUUUCCUGUCUCUUCCCUGAAAUGGUGGAUAAACUUAUCCUGCUGGACUCAUCCCCACUAACCCUGGACUCUAAAGAAAUUUCCAACUUGCUGACCUACAAGCGGAAAGCAAUAGAGCACAUGCUGCAGGUGGAGGCCUCCAAGAAGCCCUGGCAAGUGGUCAGCCCAGAGGAGAUGCUGCAGGGGCUCCUGAAGAACAAUAGUCAUGUGGGCGAGGAGUGUGGGAAACUCCUCCUGCAGAGAGGAGCCACGCAGGAGGCCACAGGCCUGGUGCUGAACAGGGACCGGAGGAUCGCCUGGCCGCAGUACUGCCUGGAGUUCAUCAGCAGGGAGAUGUUUGUGCACGCCAUCAGGAAGCUACAGGCCCACGUCCUGCUCAUCAACACCCAGCCAGGAGCAAGCCGACCACCUCAGGGUGCAAAGCAGUAAAAACCCUUUCAGGUGGCUUAAAGGCCACUCUCCAUUCCACUGAGCCAUCCUGGGCCACAUGUCCAAGGCAGGAACUGUGUCGUCUGGGGCCACAUCCCCGUGGCCAAGCGCAGGGGUGGAGAAAGCAUGGACCCAGAUGCAAAGCCAAACCACAGUGAGCUACAGCGCACACCCGCUAGGACGGCUGGACUCCAAAGGAGGACACCAAGCAUCAGCCAGGACGCAGAAGAGCUGGAGCCUCACACACUGUUGUGGAGCUGGAACGGGGUGGCCACUGUGCAAGAGUCUGUUAGCUCCUCAAGCCAUUAAAUUACCAUGACCAUAUGACCAACAGUUCCACUCCUGGUAUAUACCCAGCGUGGCCACUGUGGCUCACAGCAACGUCAGUCAUCAGAGCCCAAAGGUGGAGAUGACCGAAAUGUCCAUUGACGAUAAGUAAGAUAUGGUUGGGCACACAAUAGGUUACUUUUUAGCCAUAAAAAGGAAUGAAGCUCUUACUCAGGCUAUAAUAGGGAUGAAGCUUGAAAACAUCUUUUCAGUGAAAAACAGCCAGUCCCCAUUUGACAAAAUUCAAAAUCCAUUCAUUAUAAAAAACUCUCAACAAAAUGGGUAUACAGGGCAAGUAUCUCA